UAAUAAAGCCAUCGCUGAUUAUCUGAGUAGUAAUGGAUAUAUGGAUGCGCUUGAAGCUUUUAAAAAAGAGGCUGAUAUGCCAGGUGAAGUUGAGAGAAAAUUCGGUGGCCUACUAGAGAAAAAAUGGACAUCCGUUAUUAGACUUCAAAAAAAAGUUAUGGAACUCGAAUCUAAAUUAAAUGAAGCAGAGAAAGAAUAUAUAGAAGGAGCUCCAACUAGGGGCAAAAGAUGUCCAUCAGAAUGGAUACCUAGACCACCCGAGAAAUUCUGUUUAACUGGUCACAGGGCACCAGUUACUAGAGUAAUUUUCCAUCCUGUAUUUAGUCUCAUGGUCUCGGCUAGUGAAGAUGCUACAUUAAAAGUGUGGGAUUUCGAAACAGGUGAAUACGAACGAACUUUAAAGGGUCAUACAGAUUCAAUUCAAGAUAUUGCCUUUGAUGCAACGGGCAAACUAUUAGUUUCAUGCAGUGCUGAUAUGAGUAUAAAACUAUGGGAUUUUCAACAAAGUUACGACUGCAUACGUACUAUGCUGGGUCAUGAUCAUAAUGUAUCGAGUGUAUCAUUUAUGCCAGCAGGUGAUUUUGUUAUAUCUUCUAGUAGGGACAAAACUAUCAAAAUGUGGGAGGUAUCUACUGGCUACUGUGUGAAGACCUAUACAGGACACAGGGAUUGGGUUAGAAUGGUUAGAUCAUCGCCUGAUGGUACAUUACUAGCCAGUUGUUCAAACGAUCAAACAGUUAGAAUUUGGGUGGUAUCAUCAAAAGAAUGUAGAAAUGAGUUGAGGGCUCAUGAACAUGUUGUAGAAUGUAUAUCUUGGGCCCCUGAUUCUUCAGUCAAUGCUAUAAAUGAAGCAGCUGGUGUAGAUAAUAAAAAAGGAGCCCAUAUGGGUCCAUUCCUCGCUUCAGGUUCUAGAGAUAAGACAAUUAGGAUAUGGGAUGUUGGAGCAGGUAUAGCUUUAUUUGUAUUAACUGCGCAUGACAAUUGGGUUAGAGGUGUAGUCUUCCAUCCAGGAGGUAAAUUCUUAGUUUCAGCCAGUGAUGACAAAACAUUAAGAGUCUGGGAUUUACGAAACAAACGCUGUAUGAAAACUUUGGAAGCUCAUAAACAUUUUUGCACAUCUUUAGAUUUCCACAAAUUGCAUCCUUAUGUUAUAUCAGGAAGUGUAGAUCAGACAGUGAAAGUCUGGGAGUGCCGUUAAAUGAAGUGCACCAGCUCAAAAAAGCAUGCGGGUCAGAAGUAAUUGUUCUGAAUUUACAAAAUAACAAAAAGAAUUCAACAGUGGCUUUCAACAAUCACUAUAUGUGCAUAGUUUAUUAAUUUAGGUCAAAAAAAAAUCACAUCAGGCUGGGUAAAUUGUGUUUAUAGUCCUGUAAAAAUAUUGUUUUUAAUUUUUUUUAAAGCCAGCCAUUUCAGUUUGUUUUAAAUAGAUUAUUUAAAAAGUUAUU